AUGGUAGGAAGUAUAUCCAUGGUUUCCAUUUUAGGAAAUGGAUUUAUCAUAAUUGUGAGUGGGAACCGAUGGCUCCAAAACAGGAAGAUGGCCGCUUCUGAUUUACUCUUGACUAGUUUGAGUAUCUCCAGAAUUUUUUUGCAUGUAACCUUUGGACUUUACUAUGUUUUAGAAGUCAGCAUUGGUGACACCUAUAUGUGUACUUUUGCCUAUGAUGCUGUCAUCUUUGCCUGUAUGUUUUCUAGCAUGGCCAGCCUCUGGUGUGCUUCAUGGCUUAGUGUUUUCUAUUGUGUAAAGGUCACCAACUUUGCCAACUGCUUUUUACUUUGGCUGAAGCCAAGGAUCAAUGUGCUCUCAAUUAGACUGCUUGGAAUGUCAGUAAUUAGUCUUAUGGUCAUCUUUGUUCCCUUCUUCUGGAGUUACACUGAAGACAAAAAGCGGCGCAAUCUGACAGGGAGCCUGCCAGUGAACAUCAGCCAAAGAAUGGACUGCAAAGCCUUAUUUUUUAUUUUUUAUCCUUUUCAGUUAAGUGUUUUAUCCAUGAAUUUCAUCAUCACCAUAACUGCAAACGUUCUUUUGAUCACCUCUUUGUGGAAACACACACAGAAUCUGAAAAAGAGUGGUAUUGUUGCAAAAGACCUAAGUACUCAGAUCCAUAUUACUAUCAUGAAACCUUUGUUGUGUUAUAUUUUGCUCUACCUUUUAUUUUUCACAGGUAUGCUAAUUUUUUUAGGCAGUUUUGCGUACACUUUUAAUGGUAAGGGUUUUUUAUCUGACAUCAUUUUUACCACAUUUCCUUCAGCACACACCAUAAUAUUAAUCUUGACCAACCCAAAACUGAAAGCCCUGUUAAUUUGUCAUUUAAAUAUAAGAUCAAAGGCUUAAUAAAGAGAAAGGGCAC